AUGGAGUCAUCGUCGACAUCCUCUCCAUUUUCCACUCGCUCAACUAUCCCCUCUUCACCUGAACGUUCCAGCGGCGACAAGCCGCCUUCCACCGCCCAGCGCGGCCAUACUGCAUUCAACCCCACGUCGGGUCACCUCAUGCAGGGGAUGCAGGCCCUUCUUAACAACCUCGGAGCCUCGUCGUUCGCACAAGGCUUCAACAACACCGACUUUCUUCGCCAACCCACUUCUCCCCCAGAUGUCAAGCCCGCCGUCCCAGCGGCUGAUGUAAAGCCGCUGGCGCUCCAGCAGGUCGCGCAGGCGUCGCGUCCGGCAACGUCCACCAGUGGAAGUGCCGGAGGCCACGGCGGGUCGCGAACGGAUCCACCAAAGCGCAGCUACGACACUGAUGACCUGACCUCGUCCACUCCCUCUCUCGACGAGCUGCACAUGUCGUACCAAAAUGGUCGCAUGAAAUUGAUGCUGCAAGGCGACCCACAGGUCAUCCACAAGCAGCGCGUCGAGACUGCCAUCCGAGUCAUCAUUGACAUUCUGCGCACCAUCCCCCCUUCCCCUUCCAACCCUCUUCCUUCCAGCUGCAUCGGCUUGGCACCACACGACGCGGCGGGCAACAUUCUCGCGUCGUUUGAGCGUAUUGCCAACUUUAAGGGUCUGCGUUUGCAGGCUGGCACCACGACCAAGACGAGCUCGAAAAAACAGCUCGCGGCCGGCGCCAUCCCCCAGCACCAGCUUGCCUACGUGGAGACGGCAGUGUACACGAGCGGCGAAAACGGCAAGCGAGUGUAUGCCUGCAAGCGUUGCCGCAACCGUGAAGAACGCCGCCGUCAAAACAAGGACGCUGCCCGCAAAAAACAGAUUGCGUCGGACACUGAGCCGUCGGCAACGCCUUCACCCAGGCAGGGCCUGCGACCUGCGACCGAGGACUAUGUUACGGGCGAGAACCCGGCCCAGUAUGACCCACACCGCAUGGGCCAGGUCGUCGAGGAGCCUCCUUGGGACCCGACACUGCCCGACUGGCGUCACGAGAUUGUCCUCUUCAACUCGCCCCCGGACGUUCCUUGCAAGGAGGGCAGUUGCUUCUGGCUGCCAUUCCGUGUCAUCUGCUACUGCAAGUGUCACGGCGAAAAGGUUGGGUUCCGGAUCAAGUUUACCCUCCGCACGUUUGAUGGCCAGAUCAUUGCCACGGAGAUGACCCACCCGAUCAAGAUUACAGACGACCACAAGACCGACGCAAAGGCAAAGCCGCGUAUCGACCGCUUCACGUCUACCAACACUCCCCAGCCUCGUCCCCGCAAGGGCCGCAUGAGCACGGCCUCGUCGCAGCGCCAGUCGCCCGCUCCUUCAGAGAGCGAGAUGAGCGUCACCUCCGAGGUCGGAGCAGUGGUCCAGAAACAGACCCCACAGGUUCGCCAGGGCAAGCCAUACGACCGUCCCCCGUCGCAGUCGCCUGCAGUGUCUACCGCCAACCUGCCGUUUGACUUUAUGAGCGGCAACGCGGGCGAACGUCCUCGUCUCUCCCGCCAGCAGUCCACGUCAUCGUACACGUCGCAGCCCGACAUUAGCAACUGGAACGACCCCGUAGGCUCGUCGACCGUCAGCCCUGACGCGCUUCGUCGACCCAACUUUGGCGGCAUGACGAACGCGCUCAACAACCUCAGUGCGCUGUCGGCCAACUCGUCGGUCGCACCCAGCCCGGCCCAGCAGUUUGCCGGUCUCAACAUGAACGGCAUGUCCAACGGUAUCGGUGCCAGCAACGGCACGCUGGACUCUGCCAACGACCUCUACAACGGCGACCUGUCGCACGGAACCCUCGACCUGUCCGCGCUCAACGGCGGCAUGAACCACCAGAUGAUGUUUGGCAACGAGCCACGCGAGGACGUUGACAUGUCCAACGUUGCUAGCGUUGCGAGCGAACUGGAGAACAUGCUGUUUGGCGGUUCCAGCCAUGCUUCCGUCGCCUCGUCGUUCCACGAGGACUCGUCAGUCUUCUCGGGCUUCCAGCAGAGCAGUCUGUUCAGCGACAGCGGCUUGCCCCCCGACAACACUCUGGACGACAUGAUCGACUACUCUGGCGGCGAGAGCACGGGUGCGCUCAGCCCCAUGCAGCACCUCAACCUGUCUCCUACCGUCGGCAUGGGCCAGCUCGACCUUGCCGGCGUGGGUCACUCGCCGCUGCCGUUCACACAGAACAACGGUAUGCCGCAGGCUCUCCAGAACGGACUCCCGAACGGUCUCGGCCCAAACGGCCUCCCGCAACCGCAGCAAACACAGCAGCAACAGCCCGACGCGGACGCGCAGACGAGGGCGCUCCUCGCCCUCUUGGCGCAACAGCAGGCACACCAGCAAGCGCAACAGCACCAACAACGCCAGCAGCGCCAGCAGCCUGUGCCGGUUGUUUCGCACGUCAUUCCUGCCGAAGGCGACAUGGCCGGCGGCACGCCAAUUGCCAUUGCCGGUCGUCUGUUCACUCCCGAGACGGUCAUCUGCUUUGGUGGUCGCCCUGCCGUCACCUCCUUUGUUUCCGACUCGUUCUUGCAGUGCACUCUUCCGCCCAGCCCUCACCCCGGAGAGGUCGAGGUGACGGUCCAGAGCAUGCCUCGCGACUUGACCGCUCCUGCCAUGAUGUUCAAGUACACUGGCAUGGACAAGGAAAUGAUGCGCCUCAUGCUCGAAGUGAGACAGUUGCACCAGUCGUCUGACCCCGCUGUGCGCCUUGUGGACCACAUUGCGCGCUCCAACCACAACUCGGACCUGAGCGACCGGUCAAGCAUGAGUCCCGCCGGCGGCAAUGGCUCGUCUCCGUUCGACGCCGCGGGCUCGGCGCCAGUGUCUCGUUCGUCGACGCCACCGGCAGAGACGGAUCUGCAGACGACGCUCAUUGCGUUCCUCGAGUCUCUGGACCAGUCUUCACCGGGUUCUCUGCGCCGGUCGGGCGUUGUGAACCAUCGCAACAAGGCACAGCAGUCCCUGCUCCACAUUGCCACCGUCAUGGGUUUCAACAGUCUUUUGCGCCGCCUGAUUCUUGUGGGCGCCCACCUCGACUUGCAGGACAUUAACGGUUUCACACCGCUGGCAUUUGCGGCGCUGUGCGGCCAGACGGCUGCCGCUCGCGUCCUCCUUGAGGCUGGUGCGUCCUACGACAUUGCCACCAACUUUGGCGAGAUGCCCCUUGACCUGGCCAAGAUCGACGACCAGCGCGAGGUGGAGACGAUCCUGCUGUCUGCCGUUUGGUCCACCACUCCCGACGAGGCUGCCGACCGCGAUGCCCCGUCCGUUGCUUCAGGAAUGGAGUCGUCAAGCGAGAUUGACGACGACAAUCCCAGCUCUGACUCUGACCACGACGACAACGACGACGGCGAGAGCAUCAGCAACGCCAGCCGCGUGCUGCUGCAGCAACCCCGUCGUGUCCCCCGUCGCCCCAAGGGCAAGGGCAAAGAGCGCCCAGCCGCAGUGGAGAAGCGUACCACCAGCCCGCGGCAUGUGGCUCGCCGUCUCUCGCUCGAAGGUGGUGUCAUGGCGCCAGCCGACGACCCGCCUCCCUACGCUCCCUCGGACCACCAGUCAUGGAUGUCGCGCACCCUGUCCAACAUUCCGCACCCCAUCCCCGACUGGCACGGCAUCCACUCGCUUAUCGGCGAGAAGGCUCCUCCUGGCUGGGUCGCAUUCCCGGCGCCGUCGUGGGACACGCUGCAGAAGAUGACCAGCCCCGAGGAGGUCAAGCUCUUCACCCAGGCCAUGGCCGCUGCGGCGUUCAACGCCGUCGUCCAGUCUGGCGCCACCACGUCGCACAUGAAGACCACCGCUUCCCCACGCACGCCCACCAAGGCGCGCCCCGCCCGUCGUCGUUCCAGCAGCGACUCGCAGUCGUCUUCGGGCCGUCUCAGCGCCAGCGAAGUGGUCCGUCAAGUCAAGCAGGACCGCAUGCUGUACCUGUUCUGGCUCCCCGUCCUCCUCUUCGUCGGCUUUUGGUUACUUGUCACCGCGCUCCCAAUCGCUACUGGGUUCUGUCUCUUGUACGCCCGCCAGAUCAGCCGUGCAAUCAAGCAGCGGCUGUAA